AUGACAUCGCCAAGUCCAACAGUAGAAGCAAAGGCUAAAGUUCCAGCUACACUCUCUUCUUCAAUAAAUCCAGGAGCAAUGUUUCCAAUCCAAAAAUCAACAAAAAUAAAGCUCCAAUUGAAGAAUAAGCAACCUGCCUUGCCUACCCUUUCUGAAGACCCACCAAUUAGCACUUCUUCUUCUUCUUCAGAAACAAUGUCUCCAAUCCAGAAAUCAACAAAAAUAAAGCUCCAGCUUAAAAACAAGCAACCAGCCUUGCCUGCACUUUCUGAAGAUACACCAAUUAUCACUUCUUCUUCUUCAGGAACAAUAUCUCCAAUCCAGAAAUCAACAAAAAUAAAGCUCCAGCUUAAGAACAAGCAGCCUGUCUUGCCUGCACUUUCUGAAGAUCCACCAAUUAGCGCUUCUUCUUCAGGAACAAUGUCAUCGACCGAGAGAUCGACGGAGGUAGAGAAUCUGCUCAAGAAAACUGCCUCUACCCGCCCUUUUACAUCGCCACCAGAAACUCAGCGUGUGCAUGAUCAGCCUUCUUUGGAGUCUUCUUCGAAGCCUACCUCUUCUUCCUCGGACCUUGCCUCCUCUACAAUCAAUGCCUCUCCUCUGCCUAUCGCCGUCGACCCAGAACCUAUUCGUUCAAGGUGGGGACGAGUGUUACGCCAGACGGAGAAGGCAAAACAGGGGAAUCCCGGAAACAAUGCAGUAGCACAGAAUGCAGUUGCAAACGUUGCAGGCCAAAAGAGAAAGGCUACUAAAGCUGCUACCUCCUCGAAGAAGCGAGUUAAGUUUGCGGAUACCGACAAUCACGAGUCCGCAGAGACCACUAGGUCACACAGCGCUACAGUGGCUCAACGAACACGUAUCGGGAUUGGAACGCGCUUCCCACCCCUACGAAGCAAGGAUCGAGUGCAGGCAGUACUUGAAGCAUCGAGAGAAGCUCAACGCAGGGCCCAGAUGUUAGUAUGGCAAGAAGAGCGAGAAGCAGAGAACCGUAAAUUAAGAACUAAGAUGGGGAAUGCUCUCCAGGCCUGGGAAGCACUCGAGAGACAGAGAGAACUUGAAGCCCAACAAGCAAACAUAGGAGCUUUCUAG